AUGAAUAACAAAAGAUUAGAUUCUGGGUAGCAUUAAGACUGGGAUCUCUUAAAAAUAGGAUUAAAUGAUAAAAUGCUUAAGUUAGAUUUGGAUGAGAAGAUUAUAUUUUCUUGCACCAUGAUUAAAAUCAACAAAAAAGAAAAGUCACAAAAUCGAAAUUUCUUAUUAACAUCAAAGCGUAUUAUGAAUGUUGGCAAAAAGGUGAAAAGAAGCAUAGAUUUAAUGAAUUUAGCAGGUAUUUCUCUAAGUUUAGAAUCAUAUGAGUUUGUAAUUCAUGUCAAAGAUGAAUAUGACUACAGGCUGCUCUCAGAAGAAUAUAGGGAAAAUUUUAUAUACUAUCUAGUUGAAGCUUACAAUAAUUACAUGAAAAGAGAUCUUUUAAUUUUUGUGCAUAAAGAAAGCUAGCUGUAGCAUUGCACCACGUUGGAAACAGAUAGAGAUAAAAAGCGCUCAAAAAUUCCUACUUAGGGAGGAAUACUUUGCAAUUAAAACAACUUAAAUAUAAAUAUAUCAAAUAAAUAUAUAGAUUCUUCUAAAAGAUAAUCUGUAAUAUACAUUAGAGAAAAAAAUAUUCUGCAGGCAUGGAUUAAAAAUUUUAUUCCUGAUAUGAAAAUAAGCUAGAGUAAAGUAGGUUCAAAAUACCACACCAUUUAUUAUUCUAGAUGCACUUUAAAAAGUUUAUAAAACAAGCAUUAUGCUGUCAGAACAGUUUAAUGCAGUACAGAAGAAGAAGAAAAUGAAUAUAUUGAUAGAAUUAAUAGAUCAAUUAAUGAUCCAUUUGUUAUUCCCUUAGAGUUUUGCUUUAAAGACAAUAACGAUUUCUAUUUAGUUAUGCAGGUAUUAGGAAAUGAUUUGUUUUAAAGAUUAUACUGCUCUCAUAAUCUCUCUGAAAUGGCUGCAAAAUAUUAUUUUGUGCAAAUACUUUGUGGAUUAUAAUUAUACCAUAGUAAGCUUCACUGCCACUAUGGAGAGUUAAAACCAGAAAAUAUCUUACUGGAUGAAAUGGGUAGAGUGUUUCUAACAGGAUAUCGCUCUCCAAAGAAAAAUCUUACAAGUGAGACUCUUGAAUAUACUGCACCUGAGCUGCUACGAGGAGAACCUAAAUCAAUAGCUUCUGACUUUUGGUGUCUUGGAAUUCUCCUAUAUGAGAUGCUAGUAGGAAUACCACCAUUUUACUAUGAAGGCUAAGAAUCAAUUAUGAUUUAACUAAUAAUAGAAAAUAAUGUUUAAUUCCCAAAAUUUUUAAAUAUAUCUUAAGAAGCAAAAAGCAUGAUACUUUCUUUACUAAAAUCAAAUAAAAACGAAAGGAUAGGUGUUAAUUCAGGGCUAGAAGAAUUUAAAAAGCAUCCUUGGCUAUAAAAUAUUGACUGGUAGGGUCAUUUGAAAAAGUAAAUAUUUAAUCCUGAAGAUUUAGAAGGGAAUCCUAACGAAUCUAUGCGUAAAAUAAAGUUUGAUUAUUGCCCAGUGGAAUAAAAUGAAUAAACAUAUCUUUUUUGA